GAGAAGCAAGGGGAGGGGCGGGGAGGCUGGCACUUACUCUCAAGAAGUACCAUUGGGAGAAGAAUAAGGGAUGGCUCGGGUUCCCCGCUCCUUGUGUUUUAAUGCAUUUCCCACCAUUAUCAUUUCCUUUACAUGUUUAUCUCUACUUUUCCCCCCAACGGGGACCCAAAUCGGCUUACAAGAUCGUCCUCCCCUCCCCUCCAUCAGCACAACAACCCUGCGAGGUAGAUCAGCCGGAGAGAGGGGCUCGCCCAAGGUCACCCAGUGAGCUUCCCUGGCAGAGCGGGGUUUCCCUGCAAGACAUCAAUCUCAGCCAUGGGACAGUAGCCAGGUGGAGGAGAUUCAAGCAGCCCUUUUGCAGAUCAACGCCACCAUGCCCAGCCCAAAGAACAGCCCGAAGGGCAGCCGUGAAAGACGGGCUCCUGGCAGUAGGAUGGAGUUCUUGUCACUGAUGAAUCAGAAGAGCCAGGUGUGCCCAGAAAGCCCAUCCCGUCGCAAGGACUCGGCAGCCACCGGGGCCGCCCAGCAGGCUCUCCCUGAAGAGGAUUGCAUGAAGCUGAAUCCGUCUUUUAUGGGCAUUGCCCUGCGCUCCUUGUUGGCCAUUGACCUUUGGGCUUCCAAACGGCUAGGGGUGUGCGCUGGAGAGAAUUCUUCAUGGGGCAGUGCCCGUCCCCUCAUGAAGGUCAUAGAAGUCUCGGGACACGGUAUCCCCUGGCUAGCGGGUACCUUGUAUGGGCUCUGCAGAAGCGGAAGCUCAGCGGGACGUGAGGUGCUGGUCAACCUUCUAUUUGCUCUAGUUCUCGAUCUUGUUUUGGUGGCGCUCGUGAAAGGACUGGUAAGAAGGCGACGCCCCACUCACAACAGGAUGGACAUGUUCGCCACCAUCUCCGUGGACAAAUAUUCGUUCCCGUCGGGCCAUGCCACCCGAGCAGCCAUGGUUUGCCGAUUCGUGCUCCACCACCUUAUCCUGGCCGUCCCUCUGCGAGUUCUGGUGGUCCUUUGGGCCUUUAUUGUGGGUAUUUCCCGAGUCAUGCUGGGCAGACACAAUGUGACUGAUGUGCUCUUUGGGCUAAUGAUGGGCUACAUGCAGUACAGCGUGGUGGAAUACUUCUGGCUGUCGCCCAUCAGUGCUCCUGCUCUCUUCACAGUGUGGAGUUGACUAUUCUAAAUGGAGCCAAAAACUGUAAAAAGAAAAAUAAAUAAAUCAUCAAGCUUCAUCUGUUCGAUUAGGCAUGGGGCAAGACCAGCAAAAUUCAUUCUGAAAGGCACAUGUGCUAAUUCAGCCUGGGAGAAUUAACCAGCGCCAUGUUGUUCUCUGAAUGGGCGUCAGUCAACCCAUACAGCAGCACAAACACUCCCAACAGUUAAACUUUUCAGGCAACGCAAUACUAGAACUUUAAAGCACCUCUGGGCUCGGUAGCCUGCUGUACGAUACUUAUUUUUCAGAAGCUUUGUGACUAGCGGCAACCCUGUGAACUCAGUGUGUCUGUAGCACAAACGUCGGUGGCUUUCCUGUUGGGGAAUUCUGACCCAGUGGGAGACAGGCCUCACCAGCUCGGAAUUGACCAAGUGGACGCAGUAAUUAUUGUUUAGAAGUGUGUUGCACACCAGCAUACAAGGAAAGAGUCUGUCCCGCCCAGAGCUCAAACCAGUCCCUUUGAAUAAUCAGCAAAGCUAAGGUUUUAUAGUCAGACACAAGCAAUUGGGCAUAAUAUGCUGAAGAAGAAGGUCCAAAGAUUACAUUUUUUUAAAAUCAUCUUGGACUUUGGGUCUUUUUCUGUUGGUUUCCUCAUGAACUCUGAGAGCGGAGUGACCUGUUCAUCAUUAACUGUGUCCUGACAGAAACGGCAAACCCAAUUCAGCGGUGUAAGCAUAAUUAUAACAUAAAUGUGUGGCGGUGUGUGAAGUUCACUCAGUCAGAAACAAUUUGAUAGCUCCAGUUUGGUUCACUCAGGCCUGCUUUUUAGGUCUAUUUUCUUAUCCCGCCCCCUCCCCCCCCCCACAGUUCCCAUUUCUGAUCACUGUCAUGCUAGGCAUAUGUGCCAGGGAGUUCCCAGCUAUCCUUUUCUUUCCCCAGAACAGCGUGGGGAGGGAGUCCUGAUCCCUAAGAAACCGUUUCCUUCCUUAGUGAUUUGCGUGGUGAUUUAGAGGCAGAUCCAGAAGCCGUGCUGGUAGUAAGAGAGAACCAAUUCAUAAUGCAGCAGAAGCAAGGACCAAGUGCAAGAAUGACUAAUGUUUCUGUGACUGCAUAUUUGAGCAAUGUCUUGAGCUCCUCGCUAACACCUGGCGCCCACCCACACCAAUCCCGUGGAUGAUAUACAUUGACUUAGCUGGAACACAGGCUUUGAUUUUUGUUAAACCACGAGUAUAUUUUCAGUGAGCUACAUAAAAGCAAUAAGAUUCUCCAGGCAAGGCACAGGUUCCACCUUGAUGGGCAGGGAGCAAGUCUAACUGUGCAGUCCAAAGGGCGGGGCGGGGCAGGGGGCGAAGAUGCAUUGGAAGUGCUGUGCAAAUGGGCCCCGGUGCUGUGUGAAUGGGAACAGAGGGGGCUGUGUGGCACCCAAACCCCAGUUUCAGCCUGGGAACGCCCCCUUUUUGCGUUGCAGCCUUAUUCCCAGCAAUGAGCUUUCCUGGGAGAGAAUAGGAUUUUCUCCUUCUCCCCCAGCGCCACUAACUGCCUCUUCGGAGAUGGCACCCCAGCCCCUUCCCCAGCUGCCCCCCACUUUGGGUUGCACUACCUGACUCGCCUGUUUUGGAGAGCCACUUAGGAAUAUGGAUGGUACUUCUUGUUGUAAAGAGGCUAGGACACUCAUAGUGGCAUUGAAUCCAGCUGCCAUUCCCCAGAUACAUUAACUAUGGCUUUUCCUCCUAUUCAUUAACUCCUAGCCAAGGAAGAAAGGCACGAACAAAACUGUGAAACCCAGAGGCUCUAACAAUUAGAGGAUUUAUAGUGCUGUGAAUAUUUCUACGAUCAAAGUUUCCUAUAUUCAGCACUUUAUCCGAAGUGCUGUUAGCCAUUCUAAAGGGGCAAUAUAUCUCAACCACCUGAGAGGUAAUGCCUCUAGGGCCUUGUUUCUACAAACUCCAUAUAAUCCAGGACUGGAAAGAUAGAUACUUCCAAGUCCUAUCCCCUUUUGCUUCCUUUACAAUGGGGAAGGUUCUCUUUACUGCGACUGGGUAAUUUCGUCAGGACUGGGUAAUUUCGUCAGAUAUAUGGCAGGCAACACAUAUGGUAAUUUCAUCAGAAAUAUUGCAGGCAACACAUAUGGUAAUUUCAUCAGAUAUAUGGCAGGUGCAGGCAACACAUAUAUUUGAGAAGGGUCCUGGAUAUGACCAAACAGGAAUAUUGUUGAGGUGGUACACUGCCCCACCAGAUGCCUUCUUUAUACAUAUUGUAUUGCUGUACAGACUUCUUGUUUCAGGUGCCCAAUUAUGUGCAGAAAAAUUAAAACUCAUCAUUGGAACGUCAUACAUCAUGUUUAAUUUUUCACUUUGCCAUUCACCUUUGGUGAUAGUAAACUCUUAACAUACGAGCGCAAGAGGUAUCAGUUAGAACGCAAACCUUGGCCCAUUAGGAUGAAGGUUGUGGAUGCAGGAAGGAAAUAUAAUGGAGAGCAAGAAUGAAUAAUGUGGCAGGAAUAUUUCAAGAGAUCCAGGGGGCCGUUUUAGGAAAUGCUCUUAUUAUAGGGUCAGCAAACCAUCUGACUGCUACAUGCAGAGCCCAUAUAGAAAGAGAAGCUUUAACGGCCGGAUGAUGGAUAUUCUGAUAGGGGUAUGUAACUUGGGUCCAAAUUCAGCAUUGGGAUAAAUUAGUAUGAUAGGUAAAAUUCUGUAAGAUGGGGUGAUAUAGAUAUCUGGAAUGUCUCUGAUCUCUACUGUUAGUUUGGAAAGUGGGUCUACAGUCAUCAACUGCUGAGAUCUCAAAUCAUUCCUCUACUAUGUAUACUUCCUCUGUGUUCCUGCCUUAUGUUUGACGCAAUAAUAGGAGCCUGCAUCCUAUUCUAUUAAUAAUAAAAAGUAUCUGAGCCUUUGUCUGGAUAUUACUAAUGACAAUACUGAAAUCUGUAUUGGAGCCUAGGUAAAAAAAAAAUCCACCUGCCCCAAAUUCCAGAAGUGGCAGGUGGAAUUUUUAAAAAUUCAGUUGUUGUGUGCUAGAUAUUUUGCAAACUGUUUGCAUGUGCUUUGUGCAUUUCAAAUGUUGCUGAUAACUUGAUUUUGAGAUUGAAAUGAUACCAAAUCUUGCGGCUGCCUUGACUUUUAUCACACGAUGUGCUUUAAUUUGGGGAAUUUUCCUUGACCCUGUGUUCUCAAGCUUUGAUUUGUCCUGGACAUGUCUCUUGUCUGCCUUCAAUGGUUUCAGUCGUGCAGGUUUCUCCUAAAAGGGCUCCUAUUAAUAA